CAGAAUCACAACACGUUCAACACAAAGGAUUUAAGAUGAAGUUAAUCCAAAUAAGAUCAAAAUGGCUCCUGGUUUGUAUUAUUGGAUAUCACGUCACAUCUGGUCGAUUCGAAGUUUCUUCUCACGAGCACCUGAGGAUCCUGAUUCUUGGAGAUAAACAUGACGUCAGACGUUCUGCAGAUGUUCUGUUGGGAAGAAAAGCAACACCACAGAUUGUAAAGGGUGAAGUCAUCUCAAAUGAGAGCGACAGAAAGAUGAUGCUGAUCUUUGGACCAAACCCCUGUGAGAAGAACACAGAGACACAAGACUUUAAAACAGCUUUGUUCUUCUCGUCUCCUGGACCUCACGCUGUUCUUCUGACCCUCAAAGAUGAAGAAUGUGAAGAGUGUGAUGUACUCAAACAUGUCCAGGAGCGGCUGGGAUCUGAGGUUCUGCAGUACUGCAUCCUCCUUCUGUCUCAAGAGAACGCUGACAGCAUGACACGUAGAGCUGAAGAAACCAUCCAUGCCUGCGGAGGCAGAGUUCUCAAAAUCACACGCGCCAAACCUCUUCAGACCAAAGCUCUCAUGACACACAUCCAGAAGUUAAUCACAUUCAACAGAGAGUCAUUUUACUCCCCACCGAAAACCUUCCAAGACCCAGAGAAAAGACGUGAAGGCCUGAAUCUGACUUUAGAAGAGACGGCUGUGAUUGUAUUCUGCAGUUUAGUUUGUCUCUCGUUGACCGUUCUGGUCAUUUAUACUCAAGAGUGCCUGAAAUAUUUCACAUGGAUGAGCGGAUUUGUCCUUCUCGUUUCUUUAAGAAGAUUUCUGAGUCCAGACGUUGCCAUUCCUCUGAAUAUGGCUUUGUUCUCCUCAACAGUCUCUGCACUGGCAAUAAACAAUGAGCCAAUCAGAGAAGGCAUUACAUUGUUGCUGUUAUUUGUCAUAUUACCACCACAAAACAAAUAUAAUCUACUGAAAUCCAUUUCCUUUGUUAUUAUGUUGCUGUUAUUUAAAUAUUUGGUGUGUUUGUUGGGUUUGGGUCUGAUCUUUGGAGCAGCUAGCAUCAGGUCGUGGUCAGAUGUGCUCACAGUGUGUUAUGCUGCACGUGGCGUCAUCGUCUGUAAUAUUCUUUGCUCGUUUUAUAUUUUAAAACAUUUCUAUGUAAUAAGAGAUCACGCUGCUGUGGUGGUGCCGUUGAGUUUAUUCCUCAGCUGUAUGAUGGGUGCCAUUCUCUCAAUAGAGUUUGUGAAGGCGUUCCCUCUAACAGACAAAAUCAUCAAUAUUCUCUUCAUAUUCAUAUGCACUUAUUUCUAUUUCAAAUGGUAAACAUCUGUUUCUGUAUACUGAUGUGUUUAUAUCUGCUAGGAAAGUUUGUUUUGCUGAUAUUCAAACUACGCAGAAAGUACAUUUACAUUUAUUCACUUAGCAGACGCUUUUAUCCAAAGCGAAAUUGAAUCGCAUUAUACUUUUGCUUCUCACUAUGUGGGAUCGAAGCCUCGACCUCAGCAUUGCUUACGCCAUGUUCUAACCAGUGAGCUGCAGGAAAGUUAAAUACCCAUAAAUAUUAUUGACUUAUUAUUUUCAGGGUUAUGGGAUUGUUCAGGGAUAUAUACAAUCUACAUUUAUCAAGACAAAACUGGUAUUUUCUUUCAAAAAUGUAAAACAGUUCAUGUACACUAAAUACUGAUAAUAAUCUGUUAUGAAUGUUUCUGUCAGACAUGAAUUUACACUGCUUGGUGUUAUUAAAUAAUAAUAAUAAUUUC